AUGCUAGCAUACUCUGACUUUAGCACCACCUAUGAAGGAGAAAGACGAGAAAUUUUCAUUGACUCCGGACCGGCGAGUUUUUUUGGUGGGGGGGAGUAUGAUCUCACGAUUCAGACCGACCUCGGGAAGCUCACCUACAGCGGGUUUGUGAGGAUAAGCUUGGAUGUCCUUACAGAAACGACCCAUAUCGUCCUGAAUGCCGGCGAAGGGUUGAGCAUCGAUUCGGUGACUCUGACCGCGCCGUCUCCUCGACAACUCGCAGCAGAGACUCUAUCACUCGAUACAUUCUCCCAGACAUUUGACGCCGAGAAUGAGCGCCUCAGCCUCAUCUUUCCUACUUCUCUCCUCGCGAACUCGACAGCCAUGUUUACUAUCCGGUUCCAUGCGCCGCUUACAGACAGUCUCAUGGGGUACUAUUACUCGACAUUGGAGGACGAGGAUGAGAACGAUGAUGAGGACGAGGGCGGAGACGGUCAUGACGACGACCCCGACAACGUCGAGCGCAAUGUCAGCGAGGGCGAGGGUACGGAGAAGCGCGAAAAUGCCAACGACCACGACACCGAGUCCCACUCAGCCUCCGCCUCGAGGUACUACGCCCUCACUCAAUUCGAGCCCACCGCCGCGCGCCGCGCGUUCCCCUGCUUCGACGAGCCCGCGCUGAAGGCGACAUUUGCGCUGACGAUGGUCGGGACGGAGGGGACGGUGAGCUUGGGCAACAUGAACAUUGUGAAGGAGGUGGAGUACGAAGCGGCUGAGACGCCUGAUUCGAUGGAGGCACCUGUGGAUCUCGAGGGAAGGAACGCGGGGAAGGCACAGGAGCUAAUCACGCAAGACGCCGAGCUGGCCGCUCUCCUCGCGCGCAGCUGCUCCUCCGGCAAGUGGAUGAUCACCCAUUUUGCCACCACGCCGCCGAUGAGCACCUACAUCGUCGCAUGGGCGAAUGGGGACUUCGAGUAUCGGGAGACAAGGGUGGCGUUACCAGUUAGCGGAAAGGAGCUGCCGCUGAGGAUUUACGCGACCAAGGACAACAUUCAUCAGACUGACUUUGCGCUGGAAGUCAUGGCGAAGGUGCUCCCGCUGUACGAGCAGGUUUUCGACGUCCCGUAUCCCCUGCCGAAGUUGGAUAUCCUGGUGGCUUCCUCCUUCGACGACGGCGCGAUGGAGAAUUGGGGCCUUAUCGCGGGCGAAGAAAGCGUUCUCCUCGUCGAUCCCGUCCGCGCGGACUUCGCCACCAAGAACCUCGUCGCCUGCGUCGUCAGCCACGAGGUGGCGCAUAUGUGGUUUGGGAAUAUCGCGACGAUGCGGUGGUGGGAUGAUCUGUAUCUGAAUGAGGGAUUUGCAACGCUGGUCGGCGAAGUCAUCAUCACUGACAAGGUAUUCCCGGAGUGGCACCUUCCGUCCGAGUUCAUCAACGUGCACUGGGCGGAUGCGCUAGCCAUGGAUGCGAAACCCUCGUCGCAUCCGAUUGAGGUCGAGUGCUCGGAUGCGGAUCGCGUCAAUCAGAUCUUCGACGACUUGUCGUACUCGAAAGCAGCUGCAGUGUUGCGCAUGCUUGCCGCCCACGUCGGGGAAGACAGGUUCCUCAAGGGUGUCUCGCUGUAUCUCAAGGAUCACUUGUACGGCAAUACAGUGACACACGACCUCUGGGACGGCAUCGCCAAGGCCACAGGCAGGUCCUUCACUUCACAUCAAAAUCGCCGAAUUUCUGAGUUGUUCGCCCAUCCAGGCCAGGAUGUCACCGGCUUCAUGACGAAUUGGGUUCAAAAGAUCGGCUUUCCUGUCGUCACCGUCACAGAAACUGCGACAGGGAUCAAGGUUCGGCAGGAUAGGUUCCUUGACGCUACUGAACCUGCGAAUAACGAGACGAUAUGGAGUGUUCCGCUUGCCAUUCUGACCAAGGACGAGACUGGCAAGGUGAUCGUCGACCGCGCAGUCCUGAGCGAGCGAGAGGGAAGCUACGCCAUUGAUACAAGCAAGCCGUUCAAGCUCAACGCAGAUUCGACAGGCGUAUACCACGUCCUGUACACACCGGAGCGCCUUAACAAGAUCGCACAAGAGGCGGCAAAGGAAGACUCGCUGUUCACUCUCGACGACCGCUUGGGGAUCGUGCAUGACGCGUUCGCAACCGCAAAAGCCGGGUUGGCGACUCUGAGCACAGCGCUCGAUGUUGUUGAUACUUUUAGAAGUUUGAGAGAAUACCUCCUCUGGAGUUGCAUCGCCAGCCAUCUGGACGAGCUUCUAUCAGUCUGGUGGGAGAACGAGGAGGUCGUGGCGCAACUCAAGACCUUCAGCCGUUCGCUCUUCGUCCCAAUUGUGAAAGAGCUCAAUUUCGCGUAUUCUGACUCUGAUUCGGCGGAUACGACGCAGUUGCGCACCCUGGCUAUCUCGCAGGCAAUCUCCAGCGAAGAUUCGAAUGUCAUCGCCCAAGUCGGGCGUCUCUUCGAGCCAUUCUUGCAAGGCGGUGACGAGGCCUCAAUUCCGGUUGACCUUCUCCAGCCGUUCCUCGUGCAUCACGUCAAGCAUGGCGGACGUGCCGAGUAUGAAAAGGCGAAGCAAAUGCUCGAUAAUCCUGAUGCGCCUCAGGACGCCGAGAUUGCGAUAAAAGCGAUGUGCGCGACUCGCGAUCCUGUCCUGCUUGAAGAAGUCCUGCAGUAUGCGCUACACGAGAGCCGCGAUCAGGACGUGCUCGAAUUCUUCCACGGCUUGCAAGGGAACUUUCAAGCGCGAAGGUCUCUCGCAAGCAAAGUGAAGGCGAACUACGACGAGAUAUACGAGCGCCUGGAAGAUAACUUCUCAUUUGACAGCAUCAUUACCUGCCCCUUCGAAGUCCUCUCCACCGAACAGGACUACGAUGACGCGAAAUCCUUCUUCAAGGACAAGGAUGUAUCGAAGUUCGACAUAUCGCUUGCGCAGGCGUUGGAUAGCAUACAAGCACGGUUCACGUACAUUGCGCGAUCCACCAAUGAUUUCAAGGCGUGGCUGGACCGAUGGUCGCAGAAAAUGCAUAACUAG